UUUCUUUAGGGAGUGGAAAAAGCAUUGAGGCUGCAGCAGGUGGGGGAGUGUAAUAACUGCUGCGAGACACUUCCUGGUUUCACUAACCGGGUUCGUUUCAGCUUACAAGGAGAAAGCAGUUGCAACAGUUAUGGGUGUGUUAACACUUCGGCUUUUAGUAUGUGGCCAACUAAUAUUGUUUUCAUUGGUUGUGAAUAAUAUAACCAAUGCACAGAAGAUCGGUGAGUCACCAUCAAAAGCUCCACCUCUGAAUGCAACAAGAAACCACACAGAGGACAAUGCUUCAAAUUCAUCCAGCAAUUCAGCAUACAAUGAUAGUAGUACAACUCAAAACAACUUGAACACACAGACGACCCCUACUGGCUUCAAUAGUACUUUGGGACCAAUCCAAAGCAAUACUACAGUCACAGGAUCAGCAGUGCAGCCAAACUCAACAGAAAACGGUCAGACAACCCAAUCAGCCACAUUCACAACAAUCAAGAUCAAUUCAACAGCUGUCACUUCUACAGACAAAAGCACUCAUGGCAACAAUGAAACUGCUGCAUCAAGCACUACACCAGUGACCAAACAAACAGCGAUUACUUCUCCCACUAUAACUCAAAAUGGCACAACUUUUUCCAAUGAAUCUCAAGCAGGUGGUGGCCUGAAUCAUUCAGAGAAAUCUCUGACUAUUUUAUUCAGCAUUCUGCUUGGUGUAAUAGUUCUGGUAAUUCUGAUGAACUUUGUGUACAAGUACGGCAGAAGCAAAGAGAGAAGUAUCCAAUAUACUCAUCGCCGUCUCCAGAAUGAAGAUACAGGUGAGCCGUUUGCAGUGCCAGAUGACACGCUGGUUAUUUCAGGAGGACUCUAUGACGGCCCUCAGAUUUACAACCCCACCAUGACAGUGCAGAACGAGGAAGAAUUCCAGACAGACAUACCUGGAUCUGCUUCCAGACCUACUCGGUUCCGCUUGGAGUUUCUGAGAGAGAAUCAAGACAGAGCAUUUGACAACGAGCCCUCCACCUUUCAGACAUUUCAUGCACAUGACCAAGAGCCUUAAGAUCUCAGCAACAAACCUCUUUUUAUUCAAAAAACAAAAACAAAAAAAGGUUUUUUCAGUUCACAUUUUGAGAUGAAAAUGUUGCUUUUACUUAAAGCUUCUAUGAAAAAGGCUGUUUUUAAACGGCAAUAAAAAAAAAAAAACUUUGAACUAAUGAAAUUACUGAACAUAACAGAAAAACACAAAUAUAAAUGUAAAUACACAAAUAUAAAUACAAAGAUUUGUAACUGCAACCAACAACUGUACCAGGAACAUCUUUUGAUAAAUAUCGUAAAGUACUGUAUAUUAACUGAACAUACUAUGACGUGAAAUUGUUUUGAGAGCUUAGAAUAAAUAAUAUAAAUAUUUCUGCCAAUUCAAACACCAGUAUAAAUUGUAAACAAUCAAAAGCUAUUGUCUAAGGAGUGUCAUGUGCACUAUGUAAUUAAAAAACAGAAAAAAAAGAAUCAUCACAUUUUGUAUGCAUACAGUUUCAAGCAAA